AUGUUUUUGUAUAAGCAUUUAUUCCUUUUCUUCUUCGUAUUUCUGACAGUCUGUACGGUCAUACGCUCUGUACCUUUCCCAAUAGCUGAAGGAAGCUCUUCAUUUGAUCGUCCGCACCAUGCGGUCGGUGAAGAAAGAGCUCGUCGCAUUUGUGGAAAUCAGUUGUUAAUUCAUUUGAGUAAGCUUUGUCGUGGAAAUGGAUUUUUCGGAGUCAAAACUCUGGCUGAAGAUACUGUCGACCAAGGUGGUCCACCAAUAGAUAAGAAAGGAAUUGUAUUCCAUUGCUGUUUGGUGGGUUGCUACGACAGUUACAUGACAACAUUCUGUUCAAAGAAGCCUCAAUGA